CCAGUCACUCGCGCGACCAUUUGGGGGGAUCCUCCGUGAUGACGGCGUCUUCCAGAUAGAUAGGCAUCACGCAUAGAUGUUUACGUUGUGUCGGUCAGUCGUACAUGCUACUUGUUUUGCUGGUCAUCUCCCUGGCAACCUGACCCGUGGACAAACAAACCGAAAAGGCACGUAAUACAGGACACGGAAAGGUCAUCUUAUCUAUUGGUUGCUUGAGGGGGCUGCGGUGCUGACGCGUAAAGUGCCCCAGAAACGGGACGUUUACAGAUUUUCUGUGAAACAGCGUUUUUAAGAUGAGACCAAGAAGUCUCCUGGUUUCCCUGUUUUUAUUUAUUACGUUGGACGCCUCACAGCCAGUGACCGCAGAGCUCAUGAAUAUCUUGUUUCUAAACGAGGAGGGAAAUAAAAUUGGAGACGAGGCGUUUAAUGUGGCGUUGGAUUACGUAAAGAAAAAUCCAAGUCUUGGAGUUGAGAUCGGAGAAGUCAUUAAAGCAGUAGGAAAUACAACUGAUGCCCAAACAUUCUUGAAAUCCAUAUGCAGUGUAUACGACGCGGCCAUCAAGGCGGAAACCCGUCCUCACGUGGUGCUGGAUAUGACCAUGAGUGGAGUGCCUUCAGAAACAGCGAAGUCGGUCACUGCAGCUCUAGCGCUGCCAACCAUCAGCACCUCAUUCGGACAAGAAGGAGAUCUCAGACAGUGGCGAUCUCUGGAAGAAGCAGAGAAGAAUUAUCUGAUUCAAAUAAUGCCACCUGCGGACAUAAUGCCGGAGAUAAUACGCAGAAUUGUCAUAUUUCAGAACAUCACGAACGCUGGCAUACUUUUCGACGAUUCUAUUGUGAUGAACCACAAGUACAAGUCUUUGCUGCAGAACCUUCCAACUCGCCACAUGAUAGUAGAGGCUGAUGAAGGGAACGGAGAGGCGCAAUUGAAGCGUCUUCGAGAGCGGGACAUUUUCAACUAUUUCAUCCUUGGGCGUCUGUCCACCAUCGUGUCCGUCCUGGACAGCGCUGAGAAAUGUGGGUUCUUCGAUCGCCAAUUUGCAUGGCACGGGAUUACUUUGGACAGCGGAAACCUCGGUUGCAGCUGUAAAAAUGCAACAGUAUUUUUCGUGAAACCGAAGCCAAACGAAGAAUAUACCGAGACAUACACAGAACUAACAGAAAAAUACAACCUGCAGAACUUGCCAGAGAUUUCUGCCGCCUUCUACUUCGAUGUGGCACUUAGAACAUUACUAGCAACCAAGGAAAUCAUGCAGGGCAACGACUAUCGGAAAAAUUAUGUGACCUGUGACGAUUAUGAUGAGACAAAACAUGUCACUAGAGAUGUUGACCUACUGACUGCCUUUAAGCAGGUGUCUCAACCAGAGUCAUACGGAAAACUUUCAAUUACAAGCAACGGAGAGAGUAUGAUGGAAUUCCAGAUGGAGAUGACAGCUGUUAAGAUACGGAGCAGUGUUCCGCAAACAGCCAUUGACAUGGCAACUUGGAACGCAAGUCUCACGUUGCCCCUGGACGUCAAGGACUCUACAACUAUGGUCAAACAUUCCGCCGUCACGGUUUACCGCAUCGUAACUGUCGUGCAAAAUCCAUUCGUGAUAUAUGACGGAGUUGACGGUAAGAACCGGACGAAAUUUAAAGGAUACUGCAUUGACCUUAUCGACGAAAUAAGAAAUAUCACAAAGUUCGACUACGAGAUAUAUGAAGCGCCGGACAAGAAAUUUGGAAAUAUGGAUGAAAAUGGAAAUUGGAAUGGUAUGAUUAAGGAGCUUAUGUUGAAGAAUGCAGACAUUGCGUUGGGUUCUUUAUCCGUGAUGGCGGAGCGAGAAAACGUGGUGGAUUUUACGGUACCAUACUACGACUUGGUGGGCAUCACUAUCCUCAUGAAGAAACCUAAAGCGGCCACGUCGCUCUUCAAGUUCCUCACGGUGCUGGAGAAUGAAGUUUGGCUGUGUAUCCUCGGAGCUUACUUCUUCACCAGUUUCUUAAUGUGGGUUUUCGAUCGCUGGAGUCCAUACAGCUAUCAAAACAAUCGGGAAAAGUACAAAGACGAUGAAGAGAAACGAGAAUUUAACCUUAAGGAGUGUCUGUGGUUCUGUAUGACAUCGCUCACACCUCAGGGUGGUGGAGAAGCCCCGAAGAACUUGUCAGGUCGCUUGGUGGCUGCGACGUGGUGGUUGUUUGGUUUCAUCAUAAUCGCGUCCUACACCGCUAACCUCGCCGCGUUCCUCACUGUAUCUCGUCUAGACACACCAGUGGAGUCACUGGACGACUUGGCGAAGCAGUACAAGAUCCAAUACGCUCCUCUCAACAACUCGGCAUCAAUGAUUUACUUCCAGAGAAUGUCAGAUAUUGAAAACCGAUUCUACGAAAUCUGGAAGGACAUGAGCCUUAACGAUAGUCUCAGUGACGUUGAAAGAGCCAAGUUGGCCGUGUGGGACUAUCCAGUAAGCGACAAGUACACAAAAAUAUGGCAAGCCAUGAAUGAGGCCAAGUUCCCAAAUACUCUGGAGGAGGCUGUGAACCGGGUCCUCGACUCGAAGUCAUCGAGUGAAGGGUUUGCUUACAUCGGUGACGCCACAGAUGUCAGAUACUUAGUUCUGACCAGCUGCAACUUGCAGAUGGUCGGUGAAGAGUUCUCGAGAAAACCGUACGCCAUAGCAACCCAGCAAGGAUCUCCGCUUAAAGACCAAUUCAACAACGCAAUUUUGCAGCUUUUGAACAAACGGAAACUGGAAAAGCUUAAAGAACAAUGGUGGAACCAGAAUCCAGAGAAGAGGAGGGACUGUGAAAAGCAAGACGAUCAAACAGAUGGCAUCAGCAUCCAGAAUAUAGGCGGUGUAUUCAUAGUCAUUUUCGUGGGUAUCGGCUUGGCCUGUAUCACCCUUGCAUUCGAGUACUGGUGGUAUAAAUACAAGAAGAUCCCCAAGGUUGUCGACACGGGAAAGGUGGUGGCACAUUCCCGCCAAAUACCGACUACCGGUGGCGGAAAAUUGGAGACGGGAUUGAAGAUGCAAGGCUUCCGGCCUCGCAACCCUACAUUUCCUACUCACAGUUUCCGACGUAAUGUGGGGCCAAUGACAGGUGUAAAGAGCCCAUGGUAGAAACGCCAGGUUGAUACGUGGCAACAGUUUUCUCAGAGAGAUAUGUUCCUCACGCUACGAAAAUUCGAUUAAAAUGUGUAUAAUGUAGGCCUACAAUGUAAAGCUGGAAUUCAAUCGGAUUCGAAAGUCCACCCGAUUACCUUAUAUGACGUAUUUUAUGUUGUCCUGCAUGGAUCUUCAAUAACUCCUGAUUUCUACAGUAACACAGGUCUCAUAAUUUACAUAUCGUUAUAGGCAGUAUUCUCCAUGAAUUGCCUGUAGUUUGACUUGUCUUUUUACUGUUUCUUUCUAGUUUAUUAAAUACGAUCUAAAUAUAGCUUUCCAUUUCACAAUACAUAUCAAUUCAAUGCAAAUUAAUUUAUAUCAGGGAAGCACUAUUCCGUAAUACAUAAAACAGCUGUAAAUGCUUUUCCAUUAUUUAGACUUAAAAAAUUCAUACCACUGCCUAAUCCAGGCAUGUUCAUAAAAAAUAAAUCAUCUUCCACCGGGAAACUUGUUUGACGACCACUCAACAUAUACAACAUACUAAUGAACACUUUCCUCAUGGCUAAAUUUCUGUUUGUAAAUAGGCAAAAGAUACGGUCACAGGUCUCAGCUAUAACAUGACUGGUUACAGGCAUCUACUAAAACUCAUUUGCAUACGGAGAUGUUGAACUAUCACCCACGUAUAUACGACUUACCGUUAAUGAACGUCAGAGAGCAGGCUUGUACAGUUAAACAAAACCUGUGUUGUAACUUAACAUUUACUUCCAUUUACCGUAUAUUUAGAUUUCAUAGAAAACAUUUCCCUUUCAAAAGGAAGUAUGAAUAGAGAAAAUGUCGGUUGUAAAUGUUGAAGUUAUUGCCGAAUAACUUAAAGGAAAUACAGCUGGUAAGGGGAUCAAUUAUAUUAUUAAUGUGUGAUUUCAUUAGUAAUAAUAUUAACAGCAUAUCAUGUAAUACUAAAGCACUAAGCAGCACACACGAAUGUAAUGCUUAAAACGCCAGUAUUUAACACCUAGUGACCUACUUCUCACGUAAAUGUAUACUGAAUUAAAAAAAUAUCAAAACCUU